AUGUCUAAAACAGUUUUGAUCACCGGUUGCAGCUAUGGAGGACUCGGCGCGGCCAUGGCCAAGGUCUAUCAGGCCAAAGGCUUCCGGGUCUUUGCCACACUACGCAACAAGGCCAAAGCAGGAUCGUUGGCUGAUAUCGAAGGCAUAGCGAUCGUCGAGUUGGAGGUGACAUCGGUCGAAUCAAUCCGUCAAUGUGCACAAACUGUUGCGAAGCUUACGGGCGGGCGGCUCGAUAUCCUCGUCAACAACGCCGGUGUCAACGCCAUAGUGCCACUUCUCGACGCCUCCUUCGACGAGGCGAAGAAGGUCUACGACACCAAUGUGUGGAGCCUUGUUGCCAUGGCGCAGGCCUUCGCUCCCAUGCUUAUCAAGGCCAAAGGCGUCAUGUGCAACAUCAGUUCCGUGUCUGGUGAAAUGGUGUUUGCAUGGGCAGGUGUAUAUAGCAGCUCCAGGAGUGCUGGAACAAGGAUUUCUGAAACGCUGCGUCUGGAGAUGGCGCCUCUCGGCGUCCGGGUUGUUACGGUCAUUCUCGGAGGCGUCCAGACCAGCGGAAACGACCCGAACAAGAUCGCGGACUUGGAGCUGCCUCCAGAUUCUCAUUACCGGAAGAUUGCGGCGGUUAUCGAUCGUCACAAGAAGACGAUAAUUCACCCGAACAAACAGAAUAUCGACGUCGCGGCGAAGAAUAUCGUGGACGACGUACUUGGCGGUAGUGGCAUCUUUGUCCGGCGGGGCCAGGCGUCUACGUUGAGUUGGUUUUGCAACACUUUUCUCCCCUACCGGCUUUUUACUUGGAUGAUCAAUCGGCAAUCGGCGCUGAGUGAGAUUGGAUAUCAGAGGGAUAGCGCAUGA